AUGUCUACCUCUUGCAGCACAGAUGAUCUCCUCGCGGAAGACAUUCCACCCAACGCCAUCGCCGUCGUCGGCGUGGGCUGUAAAUUCCCCGGCGCCGAAUCAGUCGAGGAUUUCUGGCGUAUGCUAGACGCGGGAGAGUCGAAGCUGAGCGAGCCGCCCAGCGGACGCUUCGCUACCCACCAACACCAACGCGACACGGACAAGACGGUGUAUUUUGGCAACUACCUUGACGACAUCGCCAGCUUCGACCACCGUUUCUUCAAAAAGUCGGGCCGCGAAGCAGCGUCCUUGGACCCUCAGCAGCGGCUCCUGCUCGAGGUGUCCUACCAAGCCCUCGAGUCGGCUGGCUUCUUCGGCCCCCGCAAGCCCGACUUGGACGUCGGCUGCUUCAUCGGCGUAUGCGCGUCAGACUACAAUGACAACGUGGCCAGUCAUCCAGCCAACGCCUUCUCCGCCCUGGGGACUCUGAGAGCUUUCGUCCCCGGCAGGAUCAGCCACUUCUUCGGCCUGUCUGGGCCCUCGGUCGCCCUCGACACUGCCUGUUCAUCGUCGGCGGUCGCCAUUGACGCCGCCUGCAAAGCAAUCCUGCACGGCGAUUGUAAGAGCGCCAUCGCCGGCGGCGUCUCCAUCUUCACAAGCCCGUUCUUUUACCAGAACCUGGCUGCCGCCUCGUUUCUGAGCCCCACCGGUGCGAGCAAGUCCUUUGACGCCAGCGCCGACGGCUACUGUCGCGGCGAGGGUGUCGGCCUUGUGGUUUUGAAGCGACUUUCCGAUGCGGUUGCCGACGGUGAUAACGUGCUGGGUACGCUACUCGCUACUGCUGUCAGGCAGAGCAGUAGCAAGGUGCCCAUUACUGUUCCUUACAGCCCAUCGCAAACGGAACUCUACCGCAAGCUUCUCGCCACGGCCAACAUCAAGGCUGAAGACGUCACUUACGUUGAGGCUCACGGUACGGGGACGCCCGUCGGCGAUCCCCUCGAGUUUGGCGCCAUCAAGGAGGUCUUUGCCAGCGGGGAGAGAGAGAACCCUCUCCAUUUCGCGUCCGUGAAAGGAAACAUUGGCCAUACCGAGGGGGCUUCUGGAGUUGCCGGUCUCAUCAAGACGCUUUUGAUGAUGCAGUACCGCGCCAUUCCCAGACAGGUCCAUUUUCAGUCUCCCCAUCCCAAGAUCUCCCUCGUUCCCGGGCGGAUGCUGGUCCCGACAACGACCGUCCCCUGGACUGCCGACACACUCAUCGCUUGUGUGAACAACUACGGGGCAGCCGGUAGCAUCGCCGCCAUGCUUGUCAAGGAACCGCCUUCGAAGACGACGAUGACACAGAGUCGCCGAGUCACCGCAUCAAGUACCAGCCUCAACCGAUUCCCUGUAAUCGCCACGGCCAACAGCGCCAAAAGUCUCGGCGAGAACUCCGCCAAGCUGCGAGACUACAUUUUCUUCCUCCGCAGGGGCUCGGCCUCAGAGGUCGAAAUAUUGGCUGAUGUCGCUUUCGGCUUGAGCGAGAGACAGAACCGGAGCCUUCCAAACAUGCUUGCGACGGCCGUCUCCAGCCUUUCGGAGCUGGAAGAUCAACUUCGAAUCGUUGCUUCGAACCCCGAGUCACCUCUCUGCCAGACUAACCCCAAGCCGAGACCACUCGUCCUCGUCUUCGGCGGUCAGACCUCCCGCUUCGUGAGCCUCAACAAGCACGUCUAUGACAGUUCGGCACUGCUUCGCAAGUAUCUCGAUGAGUGCAACGACAUGAUCCAAGGUUUCGCACACCCGGGAAUCUAUCCGGCCAUCUUUGCAACCCAGCCAGUCGACGACGUGGUUUCUCUCCAGAUGAUGCAGUUUGCUCUUCACUAUGCCUGCGCUCAGUCCUGGAUCGCCUGCGGCCUGCAGAUUGACUGCGUUCUGGGCCAUUCCUUCGGUCAGCUCGUCGCCAUGGUCGUUUCCGGCGUUCUAUCGCUCGAGGAUGGCCUCAAGUUGGUACAUGGACGGGCCGUUCUGAUGCGCCAGAAAUGGGGCUCGGAAAGGGGCUCCAUGAUCGCUCUCGAGGCCGGCUAUGAGACUGUAAGGGACCUCAUUUCAACAGUGCAGAGACUGGGGGGUGUCUCUUCCGACUACCGCCUCGAGGUGGCUUGCUUCAACGGGCCUUCCAGUCACGUUCUCGUGGGGUCUUGUGCUGCAGUUGAUGCCGCCUACGUCGAAUUCAUGAGCAGAAGCCCCAAGGGCAAAGCCAAGGUCUUGAACGUGACGCAUGGAUUCCACUCGAGAUUCAGCGACCCGAUCCUCGCUGACUUGGAGAGGCUCGCCGGGUGCUUGUCUUUCAACAAGCCCAAGAUCCUCCUCGAGACCUGCUCAACAGGAGAGGCGUGGUCCGACAUCACGGCGAAGCAAGUCGCCGAUCAUACUCGCUCACCCGUGUACUUCGAAGAUGCCGUAAAACGUAUUAAGUCACGGUUCGGCGCAUGCACAUGGCUGGAAGCUGGGUCUAACUCGGCCGUCACCGGCAUCGUUAGACGCGCUCUCUCCCGCAGCAGCAGCAACAACGCCGAUGACCACCUCUUCUGUCCCGUCAACUUAACCAGGGAUGACGCGUUGAGUUCGUUGACAGACACGACCGUCAACCUCUGGAGGCACGGCCACCACAUCCAAUUUUGGCAUUUCCACCGGAUCCAGAAGCGAAGCUAUCGAGCUCUGAACCUUCCACCCUACCAAUUCGAGAAAACGCGGCACUGGCUGGACUUUGAUCUUCAGGCAGGCACCUCGUCGGAGCUGUCGAAAGCGCCGGCGAAAGCACCCGAGCCUCUUGUCGUCGUCGAGGAGCCGGAGCCAGAGCCGGUUCUCAUCGCGUUCUCCGGUUUCCAAGAAAACGGGGCAUCUCGCGGGCCCAGAAAGGCGGCUUUUACCAUCGAUUCUCGUUCCGAAAGUUGGAAGUUGCUCGUUAGUGGCCAUGCUGUGCUAGGCGAGGCACUCUGCCCAGCGACUAUGUACAUCGAGCUCGUCAUGCAGGCCGCCAAGCAGCUCGCGGCCGUUGAGAACAUUGCUUGCGCCCCUUUUGCACGCGUGGACGAUCUGGAGAUCCCCUCGCCCCUCGGAAUGGGACAGAACAGAGCCGUUCAGCUUAUUCUGAGUCCUUCGGAUCACACAGGUCACCACUUCGACUUUGCUUUCGUCUCACGAGAGCGUUCAGGCAGACAGAGUGCUCUCCCAGCGUCGCAGGUCUCAACCAUUACGCACGCUACCGGGAAGUGCGAGAUCGUACCAUCAGACGACAAGAGCAUCACGACUGAGCUGGAACGGAUCAGGAAGCUCCUCGACCGCAUGCAAAAAAACCAAGACAAUGACCGCAUGUUCACCGACAUGGCUACGCAGCCCGGCGGCGAAGCUGUUCAAGGCAAGCUGGUGUAUAAGGUGUUCUCCAGGGUUGUUCAAUACGACGACAUUUACCAAGGCGUUCGAAGGGUCGUAGGCAGCACUGACGGUGCCAUUGUGGCCGAGGUCGUCUUGCCCGAGCCGCAGCCCGCCUGCACGCAGGAUCUCGUCUCUACUCCCGUCGCCAUCGACAACUUCUUCCAAGUCCCAGGUCUAUACGCCAACUGUCUCGCUCCUUGUCCGCCGGACGAUGUUCUCGUCUCUACUCGCGUCGAUCGCGUCCAGCUGUCGCCUGAUUUCGGCAAGGCACAGGCCAAAGGUAGCAGCCCCGGCUGGGAUGUCUUUGCGAUAUCCACGGCCACGAGCGACAGGGAGAGUAGCAACGACAUCUUCGUCACUGACAAGAUCACCGGACGCCUAGUCUUCGUCGCUUUCGGGGCCAAGUUCAGCAGGGUGAGGAUGGCAUCUCUCGCCAAAAUUCUCUCUCGUGCGAACCCUUUGGCUAAAUCCGGAGCUGCGUCCUCCAAGCCAUCCCAACAGAGCUCGGCUACCACCUUCAAGCCUGCCUCAAUCGAGGCAGCGCCUUUGAAUAUCCCAUCACCAGCGCCGAUUUCCCUUCCGAGCACCGUGGCUACUGUCAAUAGCAUAUUACCGCCGCCAUCCUCACCGCCGGUUCGGCUUGCCGUUGCUGCUCCGAGUGUAGCAGAUGAGCUGCGUGACUUGCUGAGCAAAAUGACAGACGUCCCGGCAGAUCAGUUUCAUGAUGAUACCACGCUUGAGGAGCUGGGUAUCGAUUCUCUUAUGGCUACGGAGAUCGUGUCCGAAGUCAACGAGGUUUUCAAGAUCUCGAUUCUGCAGGACCAGCUUCAGGACAUGCAGACCUUCUCAGCUCUUUGCGCAUAUCUCGAUGGCCAUGGAGCUCAACUCGCAUCUCAGGGGCUUCAGGGCGUCAUCCUGCAGGCUUCAAAGGAUCCCGUCGUCUCUACCCCCCUUGCCCAUUCAACCUCAUCGGCGGCAGAGACGACUGGGCUUCAAGGGCAAAACGAGCGCGCCGAUUUGAUACAGCAGCUGGCAGAACUGCUAGGAAACCAUCUCGAGUGUCCGGCCACCGAUUUCGAACGCUCGACGAAUCUCAUCGACCGCGGUCUGGAUUCUCUUCUCUGCAUGGAACUCAUGAGCGACAUGGAGGAGAUGUUCGGGGUCUCCAUCGACGCAUCUUCGUUCACGGACACCUGCACCUUCGGGGACCUCACCGACAUUCUCGUCGGCGCCGCCGCCGCACCCCUUGGACAUUCAGCGACGACGGAGCCCAGCACGACCGGAUCAUCCCUGGCGCCAUCCUCUGGCUACUCGACAGACAGCACCGAUUCCAGUAUUGUCAUUGACAACACUCACAUCCCCCCAAAGAUAGAACAGCUGCUGUCGUCUCCAGCUAGCUCAGUCCUGGCCGGUGCUGCUCAGGAGUUCGAGGGCAUUAAAGGUGACUUCGACAAGUUCGCCGCCAUGUACGGCUUCAGCGACUUCUAUACCAAGGUGGCCGACAAGCAGGCGGACUUGGUUCUCGCCUACGUCGUCGAGGCUUUCUCGGGCCUCGGCGUUGACCUCGCUGCGCUGAGGCCCGGCGACAAAAUUCCCAAAAUCCCGGUGAUACCGAGACACGACCGCAUGAUCGGCGUCUUCAACGAAAUCCUCCGUCGCGGCAAGCUGGCCGACUACGACGGCAGGCAGUACGUCCGCACGGAGCGAAUGGUCGACGCCACGGCCUUCAGCAGCCGCUUCAAGGACAUCCUUGCCGAGUUCCCCCAGCAUGCCAAAGAGCACACGCUCCUGAACAUCUGUGGCGCAAAUAUGGCCGCGAUCCUGAGCGGCAAGAUGGAUCCGCUAUCGAUCCUCUUCGGCACCAAAGCGAACCGAAGCGUCCUCGACGACGUGUACGCGACGGCUCCCAUGUUCAUCAUCAAUUCCCAGCUUCUCACGUCUUUUCUCGAGAGAGCGUUAUCCAAGUCCACCCCUGGACCUGACGGGAAAUAUCGCAUCGUUGAACUGGGGGCGGGCACCGGCGCGACGACGCGAUGGGUCGUGGACAGACUCGUGCAGAAGGGGGUGCCUAUCGAGUACACCUUCACGGACAUCUCCUCCGCACUGGUGUCCGGGGCCAAGCGCAAGUUCGCCGGGAUCGACUGCAUGAGGUAUAGCACCAUUGAUAUCGAGAAGCCGCCCGCGGCGCAGCAUCUCGGCCAAUACGACAUCGUGCUGGCCACAAACUGCAUCCACGCCACUACCAAUCUGCACAACUCACUGACCAACAUCAACAAGCUCUUGCGGCCCCAUGGCUUCGUGUCACUCGUUGAACUUACGACGCGAAAUUACUGGCUGGAUAUGGUCUUCGGCCUCCUGGACGGGUGGUGGCUGUACGACGACGGCCGCCCCUACGUGCUGUCGACCCCGGAGUUCUGGAAUGCCACGAUGAGACAGGUCGGCUUCCAACACGUCGCGUGGACAGGCGGCCACAAACGCGAGUCCGAGGUCUGCAGGGUCAUCACCGGUUUUAAGCAGCCUGUCCGGGAUGCGUCCGCAUACCUCAGCAUACCCCAGGAUAGAGCCGGCGGCGUCGAGACAGUCGUCUUCACGCAUACGGACAAGCAACUCCCGCUUCGAGCAGACAUUCACUAUCCUUCGCCGUCUCAGAUGUCAGCGCAAAGGAAUUGGGUUACCGGUUUGAUAGUCCACGGAGGAGGGCAUGUGAUGCUUUCACGCCAGGACGUGCGGCCGCGUCAAAUACAACUUCUUCUGGACAACGGUGUCUUGCCCGUGAGCGUGGACUACAGACUCUGCCCGGAGACGACCAUUCUCGACGGGCCACUUGUCGAUGUUGCCACGGCAUAUGCUUGGGCGAGAAACACGCUGCCAAACCUGAAGCUGACUCAGACGAAAACGAACAGACUUCUCGAUCGCGACAGAGCCGUGGUUGUCGGCUGGUCGACCGGAGGCACCCUGGCCAUGUCCUUGGCCUGGACCUCCGUACCGCGUGGCAUCCCGCCCCCCGACGCGAUUCUUGCCUUCUACUGCCCGACCAAUUAUGAGGACGAGUUUUGGCGGAAGCCCAACAUCCCUGACCACUCGAGCGGUUUCGCACAUGAGACUUAUAAUGUCAUCGAAGGGGUCUCUUCAGCCCCCAUCACCGCGUAUAAUGUGCCUCCAAAGAUGAUGGCGGCAGCCGGCUGGAUAGCACCAAAGGAUCCCCGCAGCCGCAUCGUGCUUCACAUGAACUGGCAUGGGCAGACACUGCCCGUUCUCUUCCGCGGCCUGCCGUCGGGCUCGGACACGCCGCCGCACACCGCGGCCGCGUUCAACAAGCUAGAGCAGCCCUCUCCGGACGAGGUGGUGCGCGCCAGCCCCUACGCCCAGAUCAUCAGGGGUAACUACGCGUCGCCGACACAUAUCGUCUUCGGCACCGGAGACGAUUUAAUUCCGUGGCAACAGGCCCGGUACACGGUAGAUGCGAUGCGGGACGCGGGCAUUGAGUCGGGGCUCACCCUUGCCCCUGGCCAGCCUCAUCUGUUUGAUCUUUUUCGGGAUCCCGAUCGAAGUCGUUGGGGCUACGUGAUGGAGGGCUACAAGUUUUUGUUUGAGAGGAUUGGGAGAGAUGUCAAGUGA